AUGGAUUCUAAAAGAACAGACCAAGAACUACUACUAAACAUUCCAAAGAACGAAUACUCAUUUGAUACUGACUGGUUAAACCUAGACGACACUUUUCAAAAAGUUUCAGAAUUUCCGCCAUUGGAGAGCUUCUUCGAGUUGGAUUCUUUAACUCUACCUCACUACAAAAAUUAUGGGUUCGAGGGAUUUGAAGAGAUAAACCUAGACAUCGAUGACUACUCAUUUUUAGAUAGUACUUUGCUACUUGAUAACCCAUAUGAUCGUUAUUGUGAGAAUGUGGAGGAAGAGAGGAGGUUAAGAAAUGGAAGAAAGAUGUCAGUUCCUUUAGAAAUGGAAGAGAUAAAAAAAUAUUUUGAUCUGCCAAUUACAAAAGCUGCUAAAGAAAUGAAUGUGGGAUUGACUGUGUUGAAAAAGAGAUGUAGGGAACUCAAUAUCAUGAGAUGGCCGCAUCGUAAGCUCAAGAGCUUGAACUCACUCAUCAACAAUGUUAAGGAGAUGGGACUGAAUAAUGAAAUAGCGAUGUUGGAGGAGGAUAAAAGGCUUGUAGAAGAUGUGCCUGAUACGGAGUUGACUGAAAGAACAAAGAGGCUAAGGCAGGCUUGUUUUAAAGCCAAUUACAAGAAGAAAAGAAAGUGCUUGCCAACUAAUUCUUGA